CUCCCGCACCCCAAAACCGCGUCCCGUUCUCGCCCUAGGUAACUCGGGGACUCGCUGCUUCCCGGCCAUGUCUACGGAGAGCUCUCCUCUGCUCAGUUACCGGCUCUUCCGGGUGUCAGGGGAGGGAGAGAUGCCAGGGGCCACCCAGGAAGAGGCCCCCCUGGUGGUGGGGGUGGUGGGGGCUGGGGGCCCCCACCCCGACCCGGCCCGGCGGCUCUCCACCUUCUUCGGGGUCAUUGUGCCCACGGUUCUGUCUAUGUUCAGCAUCGUCGUCUUCAUGCGUGUCGGGUUCGUGGUCGGCCACGCCGGCUUCCUGCAGUCGCUGCUCAUGCUGGUGGUCGCCUACGUCAUCAUCUCGCUGACGGUGCUCUCCGUGUGCGCCAUCUCCACCAACGGGGCCGUGCAGGCCGGCGGGGCCUACUUCAUGAUCAGCCGGACGCUGGGCCCUGAAUUUGGCGGGAGCAUCGGGCUCAUGUUCUUCUUGGCCAACGUCUGCGCCUGUGGCGUUUAUGUGCUCGGGCUGGUGGAAGCCAUCCUGGACGUCUUUGGAGCAGAUGGGUCCUCCCCGCCGGGCGCCAAGGCCCUGCCGCAGGGCUACCUCUACAGCUUCCUGUACGGCUCCCUCGUCCUGCUGCUCUGCCUCCUGGUCUGCCUGGUGGGCGCCCAGAUCUACAGCAGAGCCGCCUUCUUCAUCUUCCUGGUGGUCAACGUGGUCCUGGUCACCGUCUUCGCCAGCUUCUUCGCCGUGUCGCCCCGGGAGAUCACGGUCUCCCGGGACGGCAACCACAGCUUCAACGCGUCCUUCACGGGGUUCAAUGUCUCCACCCUCAAGGACAACCUGUAUGCCAUGUACUCGCGCGACUACACCACCAACAACAUGAUGUCCUUCGCCACCGUCUUCGCAGUCAUGUUCAACGGCUGCACAGGCAUCAUGGCAGGGUCCAACAUGUCCGGGGAGCUGAAAAACGCCAGCAGCUCCAUCCCGAAGGGGACCCUCGUGGCCGUGGGCUACACCUUCGUGAUCUACUUCUUCCUCUUCUUCAUGACCAGCUUCACCUGCGAGAGGGCGCUGCUGCAGGGCGACUACGGCUUCUUCCGAGCCAUCAACAUCUGGCCGCCCUUCGUGCUGAUCGGCAUCUACGCCGCCUCCCUGUCUGCCUCCAUGAGCAACCUCAUCGGAGCCUCGCGGAUCCUCCACGCGCUGGCGAAGGACGACCUCUUCGGCGUCGUCCUCGCCCCAGCCAAGAUCGUCUCCAAGGGCGGCAACCCCUGGGUGGCCGUCCUGUACACCUGGGCCCUCGUGCAGCUGGUCCUCCUGGUCGGGAAGCUCAACACCAUUGCCAGCAUCGUGACCGUCUUCUACCUGGUGGCCUACGCGGCGGUGGACCUGGCCUGCCUGGCGCUGGAGUGGGCCUCGGCCCCGAACUUCCGCCCCACCUUCCAGGUGUUCUCGUGGCACACGUGCCUGCUGGGGAUCGCCUCCUGCCUGGCCAUGAUGUUCCUCGUCAGCCCGGCCGGCGCCUCGGGCAGCCUGGGCCUGCUGGUCCUGCUCCUGGCCUUCAUCCACCUGCGCUCGGCCGCCUCCUCCUGGGGCUACAUCAGCCAGGCCCUCAUCUUCCACCAGGUCCGGAAGUAUUUGCUUCUCCUCGACAUCCGGAAGGACCACGUCAAGUUCUGGAGGCCGCAGAUCCUGCUCAUGGUGGCCAACCCCCGGGGGGGCUCCCGGCUGGUGAAGUUCAUCAACCACCUGAAGAAGGGGGGGCUCUUUGUGCUGGGCCACGUGGAGAUUGGCGACCUCGACACGAUGCCCGCGGACCCGAUCCAGGCCCACUACAACUUCUGGCUGAGCCUGGUAGACAAGCUGGACGUCAAGGCCUUUGUGGACCUGACCCUGUCCCCCUCCGUCCGGCAGGGGACGCAGCACCUCCUGCGGAUCACUGGCCUCGGAGGGAUGAAGCCCAACACGCUGGUGCUCGGCUUCUACGACGACUGCGUGCCGGAGGACUACUUCCUGCAGGAUCCGGCCUUCAGCCAGGCGCAGGAGAACGACGAGUUCGGGGUGGACCUGCCGGCGCUGCAGGCCCACUUCCCGCCCGUGCGGGAGGCGGCCGGCCCGCGGGCCCUGAGCCCGGCCGAGUACGUGGCCAUCAUCUCCGACGCGGUGAAGAUGCACAAGAACGUCUGCCUGGCCCGCCACUUCCACCUGCUGGACGGCGACCGGCUGCCGCCACCGCCUGCCUCGGCCGCGGGCAAGCGGCGCUGGGAGGGGCGCUACAUCGACGUCUGGCCGCUCAACCUGCUGCACCCCGGCGCCCCCGCCUACGUGGACAUCUGCAGCCUCUUCCUGCUCCAGAUGGCCUGCAUCCUGACCAUGGCCAGCUCCUGGCGCGCCGCCCGGCUGCGCAUCUUCCUCUGCGUGGAGCCGGGGGACGUGGGCUGGGUGGGCAAGGAGGAGAAGCUGCGGGAGCUGCUCACCAAGCUGCGCAUCCGGGCCACCAUCAAGAUCGUCCCCUGGGACCACGUGGCCGCCCCGCCGGGCCGGCAGCGCGCGGACCUCCCGCCCCGGCCCGCCCCGGGGACGCCCGGCGGCGCCGCCGAGAGACCGCCCGGGGAGGACUUCCUCAACGCCGCCACCUGCCGGGUGACGGACGAGUACCUGGCCUCUGCCAACGGGCUGCUGCAGCAGCAGGGCGGCCAGGUGGCCGUGCGCUUCCUCUACCUCCCCCGCCCCCCCGCGGACACCUCCCAGCACGAGCGCUACCUGGCGCAGCUGGACGCCCUCACCGCCGGCCUGGGCCCCACGCUGCUCAUCCACGGCCUGGCGCCCGUCACCUGCACCGAGCUCUGAGCGGCCCGAGCGC